AGCAUUCGCCUUGCACGCGCUCAUGUAAACCGGAGUCGGAAAAAUGGUGGCCAGCGCUCGAGUCCAAAAGCUGCUCCGCCGAUAUAAACUAGCUAUUGCCGCCGCAUUAACGAUUCUGUUGAUUCAGGGGCUUGUCGUAUGGAGUCUAAGAAGUCUCGAAGAGGGCGAGGCAGAGAGAAAGACACGACGGUCUAAGCUGCCUGACCACAACAGCCAGGACCCCAAAAGGGACACAGCACUCUGGGAGAAACAAAAUUCCCUGUCAGGGAGGAGCAGGGGCCGAUGGAGCACCAGGCUGGAAAGGACAGGGGGCACAGCUGCCAGUGCACUGAGGAGAGGGACAAGCCGCCGAGGAGGAAAGCCCAGCAUCAGGGUAAAAAGCCCCCAGGAGCAGGGCAUGACGGGAGCCGGAGUGGAUGGUGUGGUGCCCCAUGACCCAUCCAGCAGUCGCAACUUCAGUGAGACCCGAGGUGGCACUGACGGGGUGGCCAAGUUACCUGCUCCUGCCAUGCCAGGGGAGCCGGGCAGUGUGGAUGGGGCGCACCAAGCCCCCAGCAGCGACUUUGUGCCCAAAUGUGACAUCAUGGGAAAGGACGCACUGUCUGCCCUUCAUCGUGCUGGGUCGCAGCAGUGCCGACAGGAGAUCGCCAACAUUGUGUGCCAACAUCAGGCCGGGCAGCUCAUGCCGCAUACACUGCCUCAAUUCUGCCCCCAGCUUGGUGUUUCCAAUCCGGUUCAGGCUGCUGAUGAGCUGGACAAUAGCCUGUCCAAGAUAGAGAACCCUGUCAGGGUGGCUUUUGUUCUGAUGGUUCAUGGCCGGGCCGUUAGGCAGCUAAAGCGCCUCAUCAAAGCCAUAUACCACCGUGACCAUUACUACUACAUCCAUGUUGAUAAGCGGUCCAGCUAUAUGCAUCGGGAAGUCCUGCAGAUAGCCCAGCAGUACCCAAAUGUGCGUGCCACGCCCUGGCGCAUGGUGACCAUCUGGGGCGGUGCCAGCCUACUGAAGGCUUACCUACGCAGCAUGCAGGACCUGCUCUCCAUGCUGGACUGGAAGUGGGACUUUUUCAUCAACCUCAGCGCUACAGACUUCCCCACCAGGACCAAUGACGAACUGGUGGCAUUCUUGUCUCACCACAGAGACAAGAAUUUUCUCAAGUCCCAUGGGAGAGAGAAUGCCAGAUUUAUUAAGAAGCAGGGCCUUGACCGUCUCUUCCAUGAGUGUGACAACCACAUGUGGCGUCUAGGCGAACGCAACAUCCCGGAGGGUCUGGAGGUCUCCGGGGGCUCUGAUUGGUUCUCGCUUACCCGCCGCUUUGUAGAAUACGUAAUCAAGUCCCAGGAUGAGCUGGUGUUAGGGCUGAAGCAGUUCUAUACUUACGCUCUGCUCCCAGCUGAGUCCUUCUUUCACACGGUGCUAGGGAACAGCCACAUGUGUGACACUCUGGUUGACAAUAACCUGCGUGUCACCAACUGGAAUCGCAAAUUGGGCUGUAAGUGCCAGUACAAGCACAUUGUUGACUGGUGUGGCUGCUCUCCCAAUGAUUUCAAACCUCAAGACCUUAUCCGGAUUCAGCAACUGACCCGUCCAACAUUCUUUGCUCGAAAGUUUGAGUCAACAGUGAACCAGGAAGCCAUAGACAUCCUGGACACCCACCUGUAUGGCCACUACGCCCCGGGCACCGUAGCCAUCAAGGCCUACUGGGAGAGCCUGUAUGAACAUUUAGACGGGUUGGGCUCCCUCAGUGACGUGGCCCUGACUGCUUAUACCUCUUUCUUUCGCCUGGGCCUCAAGACUCUGGAGACAACACAGAGCAACCUGGAGGCCUGCAGGUUUGAGCCAAUAGGCUACCCUUUAUCAGUGCAUCUGUACUUUUAUGAUGACCGUUUCCAGGGAUACCUGGUACGCCAGGAAGUUCAGUCCCUGGGGUCAAAGGUCAGGGAGACGGUGGAGAUGUGGGCAGUGCCUCAGGCCACCCUGGUCCUAGAGACCAACCUUAAGGAGUUUGAGAGACUCAAGAACCUGGAAAUCGGUACAGAGUGGGAUCCAAAGGAAAGAAUCUUUAGGAACUUUGGCGGGGUGAUCGGUCCUCUGGAUGAACCACUGGCUGUGCAGAAGUGGGCCCGUGGGCCCAACCUCACUGCCACUGUUGUGUGGAUCGACCCCGCUCAGGUGGUAGCAGCAUCCUAUGACAUCACUGUGGAUGUGGAUGCAGAGUAUACCCAGUACAAACCUCCAUUACAGCGCCCCCUGCGGCCUGGAACUUGGACAGUACGGGUGUUAAGGCAGUGGGAGAACGUGGCGGAAGUCCGCUUCCUUGUCAUGCCCUUGGCAUUUAAGGGAAAGGAGCCACUACACAAAGAGGACAGCUGGCUCCAUGCAGGUCCUCCAGGUAACCAGUACUUGGAGCAGAGCUUCCAGCAGCUGAGCUCGGUGCUGAAGCUGCCUCCCCAGGAGCCCGCCAUGCAGGAAGCCCAGCGCAGGGCCCAGCUGGUGGGCAAGUCCCUGGAGGCCUGGGUCGACAGCAGCAUGGGGGCCUUCUGGGUGACAGGGGACCUGUGUGGCAUGCAGACCUCCUCCUGCCCAGCCUUGGGACCCUGCAGUAAAUCCUCCUGGAGCUCUCUGUCCCCAGAUCCCAAGUCUGAACUGGGGCCUGUCAAAAGUGAUGGGCGUAUCAGGUAGCCCCAAGAGAGGAGACUCAGGACUUCAACACACAGAGGAAGAUGGAGGAAGAGCUCUGGGAGAACCUGUGUGAACGUGACGUUGCCUCCAAGCUCAGCUCCGAGCCCAAGGGCGCAUAAACAACAAGGCAUCUUCCUGCGCUGAAGAGUCAAUGCUCUCUCAGUGAAGUGGCAAUAUGGACUCCAGAGAGGAGAAAGUCUGCUGGAAAUUUGCACAUACAAGACUGCAAGAGCAAAAACUUGUGGCAUUUUGAAAUGUUACUCAAAGGUUACAUAGAUGCCUGAUAAAUUGUUAUGUUUUCAGUCAGGGUCUGUCUAGGUUGGACUUUGAAAAUAACCCUCUGCACAUGUUUGAACUCUGAACACAGUGUCAAUUUCUUAUACUUUAUGGAAUCAUAAAGCAGUUGUCAGUCUAACAACAGGCUCCUUGCUGUGUUCCAACUUCAUUUCAGAGGGGAAUGGAACUUCUGAACCAUAAUAUUAUGCUUAUUUUGAAGCAUCAUUAAGCGAGCAUCAGGAGCAGAGGGAUGAAGUGCACUUUACUGUAAGACUAUAAUGUUACACAGAGGUCACUUGGUUGCUAAGUGAGGAGGAGAAGUUGAAGAGUCACGGAUAAGGUCUUGUCACUUGUCAGGUGACACCCUUACCCUUUCACUUUGCGGUAGGUCUUUAAAGAGCUGCUCUAAGGUGUACACGUGCAGCAUCACUCACUAUUGCACAGACACAUCAGUGAAUACAUAGACUUUGUAACCUGGAUUUAGGAACAAUUAAGGAAUUAGUCUCGUCUUGUCCAAAAACAGAGUUGGUUUAGAGGUUCAGUGUCUUCUUUUGUUAUUAGUUCAAUUUACUGUGACUUUGUUUUUUGUUUUGUUUUGUUUUGGGGUUUUUUGAAUGUGAUUUUUUUAUGUUUUGGUUGUUAGUUUCUUGAACUGGCUGUAAGGCAGUUAAUUGUCUUUGAUGUCCAUUUUUGCAGACAAAGCAACUUGGAGCUGUUUGUCUGGUCAGAGGAAAUGUCUAGAUUGUUGUAGCGCGAGGACUGCAGACAGUAUGGGUGUAUUCAAAAUUCGUAGUCUUUUGUAAGCUGCCCUUUGACUUCAGAAUUAUACAAACUAAAAGGCUGUGGCAAAAGCUAAAGAAAAAUUGGAUGGACUGCAAAUGCAAGGCUUUUAUAAUGCAGUCUUGUUUGGACGUCAUAUACCUCCUCUGUAUCAGUUUAUAUGCAGUAUUGUCACUCCUGUGUGUUUGUACACUACGUUUACCACAGUGAAUUCCUCGUGUCACCUACCAGUCAGUUAUUGUUCACAAGCAUUUCUUAGGAUGCAUUUCAUUUGAAGUCCACCAACCAAAUGGUCAACAUCAUAUGUUUGGGUUUUUUCAGCCUGAUCAAGGAAAUCUAAGCUGCCUUUAAUUUAGUUGGUAAGAAGAUAUUGUUUACCAUAGAAUAAUAGUUUCAAGAGAUGUGCAAUUGUUGCCUUUUUAGACAACGAUGAGCCCCGUUUUCUGUAUCACAGUUUGCAAUGUCAUUUUUUUAAACCUAGUUUUAUGUGUUGUUUUGUUCUGAAUAGUCUGCCGCUAUGAGUUUUCAAGUGACCUUGUUUACCUUGCACAGCACAAUUGCUUCAGUGAAGCCCCAGUUUUAUCAAAACACGAAAGCAGAGAGGUUGGUGUAAAAGAUAUUUUUCUAUACAGAUGGAAGGGAAAUAUUUGUCUGUUCAUCUCCACCACUCUGUUGCACCGUUAAGAACUACUGUCUGUUGUAUCUGGCAAAAAUCUUCCAUUCAUCCUGUGUCAUUUGGUACAGAUAUUCUCUUGGGAGGGUGGGAGGUUAAGGUUUCCGUCCCCGCUGCUGUAAUGACCAGCAGUGGCCUGAUUGGUGAGUCAUCAUGGGCUCUGUGUCUCUGAUCUGUGAGUAGAGAACUGUAGCCUCUGGAAAAGCUCAUAUGACAGGCAUCUUCACUGAUUGCUCAAUAAAAAAAAAACUCAAUCGUU